ACUACUCUCUAAUUUAUGCUCAUGUCUGUUUUAAUACCAAACGUUACACUAAAACAUUAUCUGUAAAACAUUUUUUAAGUAAGUCUAUAACUACCCAGUCAACUUUGAACAUCACUUUCCUUCGUUCUUGCAAAAAUGGCUGAUGAUGAGAAAACAUCCGAAGUUACCCAACCAAAAGACUCGAGACCACCAAAUUCCCUAAUUGUAUCACUCUCCAAGAAUUCCUCAUUUUAUGCUAACAUUGGAGUGAAGUUGUUAAACGGCACUGCAGAACAAUCGAAUUAUGAAGAAAUUUUCGUGACAGGGCUCGGCACAGCCAUAAAGGUUGCCAUCGAAACUGCAAUGAUGCUUUCCUCGCGCAAAAUUGGCGUCAUCAAAAGGAUUGAGACAUCAUACUACAACUCUGAAACCAUCAAGAGGCACAUUCCAAAAAUCAACAUAAUUGUAGCAAAAUGCCCAGCAUGAGCUUAACAGUUACACGC